AUGUAUGAAUUAUCAUUUCUAUUACAAUGUAUCCUAUCGAAAUCCACUCAAACAUCAAUUCCAAAUCAUUUUUGUGAAAAAUUAUUUUUCUAUCUCUUUAAUCAAUUAGAAAGACAUUCACCUCAACUUGUUUCUCUUCUGUGUUCAACACUCUAUUCUACUCGAUACAUACCCACAACGACAGUUAUCGAUAUGCCUCCACUUCACUUAUCAACAUUUGUCACAAAUCGAUCAGUCAAGUCUAUGUCAAUUAUUCGUUAUUUAAAUCUAUUGUUAAAUAAACAUUCAUCACCAUUGCCAUCUAAAUUUCAUCAAUUAUUAUAUGAAUAUUUAUUAAAUGCAACAAUAUAUUCUGAAAAUUCUUUACAUUUUCUUUGUGAAUUAUUGAUUCUUGGCCACUACGCUAAUUAUAGUCAUGAACAAUUUCUCAAUUAUCUAACACGAUUUUUAUCUCAAUUAAUAAAACAUACAGAUCAAUUUGAAAUUAAAUUAUUGACACAUUUCAUCUAUCAUUUGUGUAUGAUUGAUCCAACAAAUCGUUUUAAAUCAAAAUUGUGUGUAAGACUAUUGGCAGACUAUUUAAUGAAAUUAAUACAUGAACAAAAAACUCCACAUUGGAUUGUACAAGCAAUGUAUGGCAUGAUGCAAAUUGAUGAAUACAAUUAUACUUUGUUGACAUAUCUUGUCAGUGAUCAAUAUUUACCUUAUCUGUUUUCCGAAAUUGGUCGUUAUACGAAUUCAGUUCAACGUCAAUUGUACGACAUUCAUUAUGCAAUACAAAUUGAUCGACCACAAUUUUCACAAGUAUUAUUAAAUGAAAAAGUAGUCAAUUAUACAAGUAAGAUAUCGGCAGAGUAUCGUUCUCAUACAAAAUUGACAAUGAAAUAUUAUACACAAUAUUUAAAUGAGUUACAUGAACAAUUUCAACUAGUUUAUGGAAAUGAUGCAUGUACAAUUAUUGAUAAUCAUGUUAUGUUUCCACAUUUUUUGUUCGAUUUUUUAGAGCUUAAGUUACCAAAUAAAGAAGAAUUAUUAGACAUUGGGAUUUUGCUAUAUGACAGCAUCGCCGUACUACCAGUGCUCCCGUCAAUGUUACUGAAACAACAACGUUCAAAUUUUACAAUAACAAAAGUUUUAAAUGCACAAACAACAAUGAGAUAUAGACAUUUAGAACGCUACAAGUAUAAAGUUGUACCGCUAUCGUACUUCUUAAUACAACAAUCAUAUCUGAAUCGUGUACCUGUGCGUCUUGCAUUAAGAAUGAGUUCUCUUGCUGUUGGUGAAAUUUUUUCAAUAAAAUUCCUGACACUUUCCACACCGCGAGAUUCAAUGUUUGCGUUGUUAACAUCGGAUGAACUUGGCCCGUCGGAUUGA